GAUCCGGCCGCGUUUGGUCAGCAAUUUGUGGACCUGGUCAAGCCGGCAAUGAUGACCCGACAGAAGCUGCUGCCGUACAUGUACACUCUCUUCUACCGCGCUCACGUGAUGGGGGACACUGUGGCCAGGCCGCUGUUCUUUGAGUUCCCUGAGGACGAGAAGACUCUGACCAUUGACCGGCAGUUUAUGCUUGGCCCUGCCCUGCUCAUCUCGCCCAUCUUGACACAG